AUGAAGAUCGUAUACCUCCUAAUUGCCAUUCCCAUCGUCUUUGCCAGUGAACAAUCGGUACGAGUCGUUGGGAAAUUGACAUGUCACGGACAUCCAGCACAGUAUGCUGAGCUUCAGCUAGUUAGUAAAUUUAGUAUUGGUGGAGAGGCCUUCGCUCGAAACAUCUUCACUGAUCCAGCCGGUAAUUUCAAUAUUGCUGGAUACAUUAAUCCGAGUUCUUGGUCGAAAAUAGAUGCACGACUUUACGUCUGGCAUAAGUGUUAUGAGAAACCAUAUGAACAUUCUGACCCAUGUUCCAAUUGGUUUGAGAUCAAAAUUCCUGGUAUUUAUGUGAAUGAUGGACCAUUUGCGAAGAAGAAAUGGGAUUUAGGAGAAGUGAAACUGGAAAAACCGAGAAGUGGACAACAAUUGGAUUCGUGUGAUUAA